AUGUCGACUUCUUCUCAGCCUAAACCUGAACCAGUCCCCGAAACUGUUCAGUCAGCGAGCGUCAAAGUUGAAGACGAGACCGAACGCCCAUCUCCCGAACAGCAAUCUUCUACUACUGCUGCCGCCCCCGCUGAAGUCGCCAUCAAGACCGAGGAUGCACCUGCUCAUGCGCAAUCCGCGCAUACCGAUGCCACCUCCGCUCUGUUCGAUGCUCUCGUCGUUUCGUCGUCCACACCUGCUGCUGAACCCGCAACUGCCUCGGCCUCCACAAAACAACCCGUCGAUCCCGAAUUCCUCGAAGCCGCCGCUGCACAGAAGGGUGCCGAAGGUGCCGAAUGGCAGUACGACUCAUCCGACGCCGAAUCUUCAGACGAUUCUUCCAGCAGCGACGACUCGUCAAGCGACGAGGAUAGCGAUGAAGAAGGUUACGAAUUGCUCGACCCAGCCACUGCCGCACGCAUGCUUAUGGAAGAAGGUGGCAUGGACGACGAAGAUGGUGGUAACAAGGCUGCUGGCGGAUCCCAGCUUCGCACCAAGAACGAAGUCCCAGAAGAGAUCAUUCCUAAGCCGGAUGUCACCGUCACUCCUGACAUGAAGAUUACACCUUUGGGUGCCGUGCAGCACGUCGUCGACACAUUGAUCCUUAUCAAGGCCUUCACCUCUGGAGAAUACCAGGUUUUGGAGUCUGGUUCCGUUCUGUGCCUGGAGAACCGCGAAGUCAUUGGAGCCGUUCAAGACACCAUUGGCAAGGUCGAAGAGCCCUUGUACUCGGUCGCCUUCACCAAACCAUCCGACAUCUCGGACCUCAACAUUGCCACAGACACCAAGAUCUACUACGUCGAUUCUCACUCUACCUAUGUCUUUACUCAGCCUCUGAAGAACUUGAAGGGUACCGACGCCUCAAACCUCCACGACGAGGAAGUUGCAGACGAGGAGAUGGAAUUCUCAGACGACGAGGCCGAGGCUGCCUACAAGAGAGCUAAGAAGGAGGCCAAGAAGGGCGCAAGAGCUGCUCGCGACCAAGCCAACCAGCCUCCUGCAACCAAGCCCUACACUGGCGGAGUCAUGAAUUACGACGACGAACCUGAAGCCGAGGAUAUGUACACACCUCUUGCCCGUCCUGACAACCUGCAAGACAUGAUGGCAAACGGUGCACCCCCUGCUCGUCGCCAGUUUGCCGAUCGUGGCGGCAGAGGCCGUGGUAGAGGUCGCGGAAACGACAGAGGUCGUGGUGAUCGUGGCAGAGGCGGUCGUGGUGGUGGUCGUGGCGGAUUCGACGGCGCAAACCAGCGCAAGGGCCCUUCCAACUCCUACCCCGACUCACACAACGCUGGUUCGCCAGUCCAUGCCCAGCAGCUCCCACAAAAGCCUGCAGUGCCUCAGCAGAUGCAGCAGAUGUGGAACCAAGCUCAGCCUCAGAUGGGCGCGCAGUUCGCUUUCCCUCAGUUCAACCAGCAGCAUUCUUCAACCAAGGGUCAGCAACAGCAAUCUUACCAGUUCCCCGGAGCACCUGCAGGCGCAUUCGUCAACCCUGCUUUCUUCCAGCAGCAGCAAAUGCAACAGCCACAACAACAGCAGCAGCAGGCUCCUGCAGCAUCAGCUCAGGCUGGCGGCCCUUCGCCUGAGGCCAUCCAGGCAGCUGCUGACCUCUGGCGUAGACUUCAGCAGCAGCAACAGUAG